CUGCACCGCGUCGCCCUGGAGCAGGCCCCGUGGCCGUCCUGGGAGUUCCAGCAGGACGGGGACUUUUUUCUGUUCAUGAACCACAGCUUCCUGGGGAGCAUGCGGGAGGAGUUCGAGGUCGGGGGUGCCGAGUAUGAGGCCGUGGACCUCCGCCGCCAGCUCCUGCGGUGCCGGGCCUUCUGGGAGGAUGGCACCCUAGUGCUGGAGAAGUGCAGCCCACAGGGGCGCUUCCGGGAAGAGAGGCUCAUCGACGACGACGGGCUGCUGCGCUUCACCCUGCGCAGUCUGGAGGGCGGCGGCGGCGCCCGCUUCGGGCGCACGUUCGAGAGGAGGCAGGCGCGGCCGUUCUGCUGA